UUCAUAGAGUUUUGUCUCGGGCCUAGCUGGAAUCAUCUUCAUAGAGUCUCGAGGGAGAGUGUGUGUUGGUGUGAUGUGAUCGAGGAUGGCAGGGAGAGAGAGAGAGAGAGCGGAAGGAGGAUGAGCAGCGUCACCACCUACGCCGAGAGCGUCGCUUCCUGCCACGCUCCAACUCCCAUCCGCUCCCCAUCUCCGGCAGCGGUUGUGCUGGCGGCGGCGCUCCCAGAUGCGCGCCCCCACCCCGUGAGGCGGCAGCUCGAUUUCCCCAGCGGCGGCGGCGACGGCAACAUGGAUGACGACGAAGACGACGACGACUUCCUUUUCCGCGCCGCAGAGGAGAUGGAGCGGAGCCUUCAUGAGCGCCGCGCCACGCAGGACCUGCCGCCGCCGCCGCCGCCGGCGGUUGGGCUCGCGCCUCCAACUUUCCCUGAGAAGGAGUGCAUUUGCCGGCGCGGGCCGUGUGACGUGGAGUGGAAGGAGCCCGGAGGCUGGACAUACGUCUGCUCGGCAACGCCGAAGUGCCGCCAUGUUUCUAACUGUGAGCAAUCUGAUGCCAAUCCAAAUUCACAACCUGCCCUUUGGAGCCAUCCUGAAACGAACUAUCCUCUUGUAUUUAAUACUCAAGGCAAUCGUAUGGCCAAUGCUACAACUCAAGUUAAUGUUAGUCUCCAAGGUACUGGUGCUACAACUCCAGUUACUGUUAGUCCCCAAGGUGCUGGCGCUGCAACUCCAGUUAAUUUUAGUCCCCAAGGUGCUGGUGCUACAACUCCACUUACUGUUAGUCCCCAAGGUGCUGGCGCUGCAACUCCAGUUAAUUUUAGUCCCCAAGGUGCUAAAUCCAGUGGUGUACCAACCUGCAAGUGUACUGCUGGGAAAUGCAGAAAAGAGAAAGACAAAGGGGUGUCAUACUAUGUGUGUCAUAUAGAGAAGGGGCAUGGAGCAUGCUCUCACCGUGUGCCAGUCAACGUUGCUGCUGAAGAACUGCCACUAACUGGAUACAACAAUCCAAGGAAGGCUGGACGUGUGGUGUGCAAUACAGUUACGAAGGAAGCUAAUGGGCACAAUCUUGUUAUGAUGGGAGGCCACAAUGGAACUAAACCGUCCAACCCUGAUGAACCCCCUGAACAUGACGAUGAUUGGCCGUUUGACAUUGUUGAGGGUGAUGUUGUACCCACAGACUGCUUGUCUCCUGCUCACCCUUCACCAAUUGCUGCGGUCUCUCAGGGAUCUCCAAGUAUGCUGCAGCAAACAGUUGGUAUGGUGGAACUGCAAACACCAACGAAGUCACCAAUGCCACCUAAGUAUACAGUCAGCCCCACGACUCCCCGCUCAAAUAAUUGUUACCGGUGCGGUGAGGAAGGACAUUUCAUGGUGAACUGCCCUAAGAACAGUACUUGUUACAACUGUCAUGUGGUUGGGCACUGGGUGAAGGAUUGCCCUGGACUGCCAGCUGAAAGAUCGUAAGAAGCAUAUGAGGGUCUCCUUAUGGCUGUGGACCUCUGACAGUAAGCAGUGAGAACUCACGGCUAAUGUUCUUCUGCAUAAGAGUCGGCUUUACCGUGGCAGUCAGUUUGUUAAAGUACAGCUCUGGGCACCUGCUACACUAAAACGUGUGCGUGACUGUAAGGUUACUACAGUAAUAUUUAUGUCCACUAUCUGCUUGGUUGGUAACUUGUAAUAUGCGGAAAGGGCAGUAAACUCGUAGUUCUUAUCUUAGGAUAUGUAUAUGUAUUACUUUAAGUAUAUUUUAGAGUGGUGUUUUGACUCUUGGGUGCAUAAGCUUCCUUAUUUUAUAUAAUUCAUCUUUGAUA